UAAUACAUCACACGGAUAACUCACACCCAGUUUCAUUCUGUGUAUGUGUUUGAGAGAGGAAGGGAGGAGGGCCCCUGAAAGACAGCGUGGCUGCAGUGCCGCAGCAAGACAACUUCCAGUCGACCAGCAGUUCAGCUGCUCAUAACAUCCUCAGCUAGAGCUCUACUGACUGGACAUUUUGUACAUACGUUCUGUAACUGUACGCCGUACAACCCAUAACACGAGAGGGUUUAUAGUCGGUGUGGAGUAACGGUUUGCUGGACAGAUAACAGCCUGCUUUGGGGACUGCUGGGGACUGUUGGAGAAUGUUGGAAGGCUAGCCAGGGUCAGACCAGCAUCUUCAAACACUUUGAACGCUGCGUUGACGCCAACUCAACAGGAGUGAAGAUGGAUCGAAACAUGAAGGGUGGAACUGUCCCAUCAUCAAAAUAGGAGGGCGUGUCUCUUAGGUUGUGCUCUGCAGCUUAACUCUGUGACCGAGCUGGGAGACAGAGAGGAACAUGCCUCCCAGGCCGUCCUCAGGGGAGCUAUGGGGCAUCCACUUGAUGCCUCCCAGGAUCCUGGUUGACUGCUUGCUACCCAAUGGGAUGAUUCUGACCCUGGAGUGUCUCCGUGAGGCCACACUCAUCACCAUCAAACAUGAGCUGUUCAAGGAGGCCAGGAAAUAUCCCCUUCAUCACCUCCUACAGGAGGAGACGUCCUACAUCUUUGUCAGUGUUACACAGGAAGCAGAGCGGGAGGAGUUCUAUGACGAGACCCGGAGGCUGUGUGACCUCCGACUCUUCCAGCCCUUCCUUAAGGUCAUUGAACCAGUUGGCAACAGAGAGGAAAAGAUCCUCAACAGAGAGAUUGGGUUUGCCAUUGGUAUGCCUGUGUGUGAGUUUGAUCUUGUGAAGGACCCUGAGGUUCAGGACUUCAGGAGAAACAUCCUGAAUGUUUGCAAGGACUCUGUGGAGCUGAGAGACGCCAGCGGGCCCCACAGUAGAGCUCUGUAUGUCUACCCACCGAAUGUAGAAUCCACACAGGAACUUCCCAAACACAUCUAUAGCAAACUGGACAAAGGUCAGAUUAUUGUCGUGAUUUGGGUGAUUGUUUCUCCUAACAACGACAAACAAAAGUAUACAUUGAAGAUCAACCACGACUGUGUGCCUGAACAGGUGAUUGCAGAGGCCAUUCGUAAGAAGACACGCAGCAUGCUGCUUUCCCCAGAGCAGCUAAAGAUGUGUGUUCAGGAAUAUCAGGGUAAAUACAUCCUCAAAGUAUGUGGCUGUGAUGAGUACCUGCUGGAAAAGUACCCCAUCAGCCAGUAUAAGUAUAUCCGUAGUUGCAUCAUGCUGGGCAGGCUGCCUAACCUGAUGUUAAUGGCCAAGGACAGCCUAUACACUCAGUUGCCUACAGAUAACUUUGUCAUGCCAUCAUACUCUCGACGUAUCUCUACGGCAACAUCCUAUAUGAAUGGCGAGGCAGCUGCCAAGUCACUGUGGACCAUCAACGGAACCCUGCGAAUACGAAUCCUGUGUGCCACCUAUGUUAACGUCAAUAUACGGGACAUAGACAAGAUAUAUGUGAGAACAGGCAUUUACCAUGGAGGUGAACAGAUGUGUGACAAUGUCAACACACAGAGAGUACCCUGCUCUAACCCCAGGUGGAAUGAGUGGCUCACCUAUGAUAUGUACAUCCCAGACAUACCCCGUGCCGCCAGACUCUGCCUCUCCAUCUGCUCUGUCAAGGGCAGGAAGGGAGCCAAGGAGGAGCACUGUCCACUAGCUUGGGGUAAUAUCAACUUGUUUGACUACACACACACUCUGGUGGCCAACAAGAUGGCUCUGAACCUCUGGCCUGUCCCUCACGGCCUUGAAGACCUCCUCAACCCUAUAGGAGUCACUGGAUCCAACCCUAAUAAGGAAACCCCAUGUCUGGAGCUGGAGUUUGACCACUUUAGUAGUUCUGUCAAAUACCCAGAUAUGAAUGCAAUAGAGGAGCAUGCAAACUGGACCAUCUCGAGGGAACUGGGGUUUAACUACAACCUCUCUGGACAGAGCAACCGGUCGGCCAGAGAUCACGCCCUGACAGAGAACGACACUGAGCAGAUGAGACAGCUGAGUAACAGAGACCCUCUUUCAGAAAUCACUGAGCAGGAGAAAGACUUCCUCUGGAGACACAGGCACUACUGCAUGAACAUUCCUGAGAUCCUUCCCAAGAUCCUUCUUGCUGUCAAAUGGAACUCCAGAGAUGAAGUAGCACAGAUGUAUUGUCUGUUAAAGGAUUGGCCGUCAACUCGUCCUGAGCAGGCCAUGGAGCUGUUGGACUGUAACUAUCCAGAUCCCAUGGUCAGGCACUUUGCUGUACGCUGCCUUGACAAAUACCUUACUGAUGACAAACUGUCCCAAUACCUUAUCCAGCUCGUACAGGUAUUAAAAUAUGAGCAGUAUCUUGACAAUCCCCUGGCCCGUUUCCUCCUCAAAAAGGCCCUGACCAAUCAAAGAAUAGGUCAUUUCUUCUUCUGGCAUCUCAAGUCAGAAAUGCACAAUAAAACAGUGAGCCAGAGGUUUGGGCUUCUGUUAGAGGCUUACUGCCGGGCAUGUGGCAUGUACCUCAAACACCUGAGCAGGCAGGUAGAGGCCAUGGAGAAGCUGAUUAACCUCACUGACAUCCUAAAACAGGAGAAGAAGGAUGAGACACAGAAGGUCCAGAUGCGGUUUCUUGUGGACCAGAUGAAGAGACCGGACUACAUGGAUGCUCUGCAGAACUACACCUCUCCUCUCAACCCUGCACAUCAAUUGGGAAACCUUAGGUUAGAUGAAUGCAGGAUCAUGUCAUCCGCAAAGAGGCCGCUGUGGCUCAACUGGGAGAAUCCUGACAUCAUGUCGGAGCUGCUCUUUCAGAACAAUGAGAUCAUCUUUAAAAAUGGAGAUGACUUGCGGCAGGAUAUGCUGACGUUGCAGAUUAUUAAAAUCAUGGAGAAUAUUUGGCAGAAUCAGGGACUGGACCUACGGAUGCUUCCUUACGGCUGUUUGUCAUUAGGAGACUGUGUGGGUCUCAUUGAGGUGGUUCGCAGCUCCCACACCAUCAUGCAGAUUCAGUGUAAAGGAGGCUUGAAAGGAGCCCUGCAGUUCAACUCAAACACUCUGCAUCAGUGGCUCAGGGACAAGAACAAGGGCGAGAUGUAUGACAUGGCUGUGGAUCUGUUUACAAGGUCCUGUGCUGGCUACUGUGUAGCUACAUUUAUCCUUGGGAUAGGAGACAGACACAACAGCAACAUUAUGGUCAAAGAUGAUGGACAGUUGUUUCAUAUAGAUUUUGGCCAUUUCCUGGAUCAUAAGAAGAAGAAAUUUGGCUACAAGAGAGAGCGAGUGCCCUUUGUGCUGACGCAAGACUUCCUCAUCGUCAUCAGCAAGGGAUCCCAGGAGUGUGCAAAGACCAAAGAGUUUGAGAGGUUCCAGGAGAUGUGUUAUAAAGCCUACCUGGCCAUCCGGCAGCAUGCUAACCUCUUCAUCAACCUGUUCUCCAUGAUGCUGGGCUCUGGCAUGCCUGAGCUGCAGUCAUUUGAUGACAUUGCCUACAUUAGGAAGACGCUGGCCCUGGAGAAAAGUGAACAGGAGGCGUUGGACUACUUUAUGAAACAGAUGAAUGACGCUCACCAUGGAGGAUGGACCACCAAGAUGGACUGGAUAUUCCACACGAUUAGACAGCAUGCACUAAACUGAUCUCCUGCACACAAACAAAAAAAACACCAGUCCCAUCAUGGAUUUACAGCCGACUGAUCAUGGAAGUUUGCAGCUUAAUUUUAAUUUAAAUUUUUUUAAACACCAGUGCCAUUUUUAUUUAUCUAAACAAUGUUCCUGUUUUUUUUUUUGCAUUUUCUUGCCAUAAUCAUUUGCCCUUUUCCGUAGUCUUGAUUUCCUAACUCUACCCUCUACUUGUUCUGUUAUCUACAAGAGAGCGUUGUCCUUACGUCCUGGUGAAGAUGUGCCCUACCUGGCUGAUGCUCGUCUCCUUGGCUACUAUGCUUCAUCUGUUAAUUUCCCCAAUGGGAACAAACUGGGUAAUGGAAGAAGUUGUUCCUCCUACCUUACUGCUCUUUUUGGCAAAACACAAAUUGGACAAAACAACGUAAAGAAGACGUAUCUGCCAAUCUUUAAAAGUAGCCACAAAGUAAGUUCAACGUGCUGCUCUUCUGCUGUAUUACUUCUGUACUGUGGCUCCACCCCAGGAAGGAGGUGCUUUGGAACCUUUUAAAAAAGAAAUCGUAUCACUUGCUGAGAAGAUAGCGGGCACAAGGAACUGUCUGAAUUAUCUUACGUAAUAAGUGUUACUCAAAUUUGUUGCACAGUGCAGGAUUACUGGAGUAUGGAGGCUUCUUUGAUGAAUACCACUGCACAGUCUUCCACCAUAUUUGUGGUGGAGUUGUCCUCCUGAGCUGAUUUGGUGUCAGCUUUCCCACCUUUUAACCCUUUGUGAGUUAAUUUGAAAAGCUCAAAAUCUGAAGAAGAGUCUCUGGGCUGUUUUGCACAGCUCUACAGUCUCCAACGGCCUCUAUUAUAAAGCACUCCACCCUUGGGAACAUUUGUUGGUGGUGCAGCUUUAGACUUUUGCAUAAACUUCAGGGUGAUGAUGCCUCUCCAUCAAAAAAAGCACUUAGAAAUACCGGAAUGAUAUACAGAUUUAUUAUGACUUUUUGAAUUUAUUUAUGUAUCUAGUUUCUUUCAGUUUCGACACAGGCAAAACUCAGCUCUCCAGAAACACAUCAUUGUUUGUGUAAAUACAUUUAGAGUUUUUUGUAUUUGUGUUCACCUUUUUGCUUUCUUCAUCUGACUACCAUGAGUGCAACAGCUUUCCUCUUUUUUCCCAAGGGUUUUGCUCAUAUUCGUAAAUUAAGACUGCUGAUGCCUUCUUUUUUUUUGCCUCCAUCACUUAUAAGUUAAAUAUCUCAUUUGAAAUUGUCAGGAGCACCCCAUUUGUGUUAUUGUGGCUAGUUUGCAACCCUACUUGGAAUUUGUAAAAAUGUACUUGUUUGUGGAUGCAAAUUGGUAAAAAAUGAAAGUGCCGAUCUCACAUUUUAUGAAUAAUGGGACCUAUUUUAAGCCUCUUUGUUGGCAAGCAGAAGCCCAGGGGAAUGUCACGUCUUCCUGUUGAUAAAAUGCCUUGGCGUCACAGCACAACACUCCACAACACUGCACACUGCUCAGCCAUACAAACUGCCUAAACAAGUUGUUGUAAGCCAACCUUGACAGCACUAUUAACAUGAAAAGCUAGAUUUGACCUUUGUUGUUUUUUUAGUUGUUUUUUUUUUUUUAUUUCUAACAAUGUGAGGUUGUUGGUCUUUAGCAUAUCAUUAGAGUAUUAGAAUAUAUUUGCCGACUCAUGGACAAAGUGCAUUUUAACUUGUGUUUAUCACACAUCUGGUGGAUAUAACACCUUUCACUGAGCCUAUACCUCUGUCAGUAUUUGAGCCAAGCUCUCUGUUGCCAUGCACUGUUCAUUUUCAGAUUUUCCCCAACAGAAACAUUUGAGCAUGCAGCUUUUUCAAACAUUUAAAAGUCACAGUUAAAUGGCAGUUAAAGCAUCUUUAGUAAAGCAAGUGAAACAGUGCAUGUGGGCGAGAUUUAGUCGCGAGAGGAAUUUGAACAAAUCUUUCAAAUUUGAUUGGACCGUUCAAAAUAAGUUAUGGCUUUGCGAAUAGAGUAAUACACCGCUGUAGAGGACUCUCCAACCACACCACCCCCUCCUGUUGGGCCAGGAGACAGAGGAUGAGGGCGAAACUAAUAAAAAAGAAAGUCUUCAGCCGUAUUCUUUGGAAAUGUAAACAAAGUUUUAGCCAACUGAUAUCUAAACACACACCUCAGUAUACGGUAUUUUCUCACUUUGCUAGCUACUAUGAACCACUAGCCAACAGUUAAGUGCGGUUUUAUAGCUAAUCAUCUCACAUUUCAUUGGAUUAAUACGCCUGUGAGUUUCAGAUGAGUCAUUGAAAAUGUAUUAAUAUGUUACAGAAAGAGAAAAGGAAAUAUAAAAUACUUUAAAUCAACCAUCAUUUAAAUUAACACGGGUGCAGGAUUACAGCUUGAUAAAUGCAUUUUUGUUUCAUUGUGUCUUUAAAGCAGACCAUAGCCGCCUUGAAUUUUGAUAUAGGUAACUUUCUCAAAAAGUAUUGUUACAAAAGGUGUUUUUUGAGUGGCAGAAAACUCAACGGCUUUGUCCGUUGAAUUGAAACUUCUUGCAUGCUGUGCUUUGUUGAGGAGAGAAUGUAUUAAUUAAAGAUGGCUCAGAGCAGCCUCAUGAGCCCCCGACACCCUCGUAAUGUACCUGAAAAAACAUUUGGAUGUGCUCAUAGCUAGAGUACCAUUUUACUUAGCUACAGUAUGAAACUCAAUCUGCCUGCAGAAAAGAAAGUCAGCACUUUGUCAGCUCAACUGUUAAUUGUAUUUAAAAGCUAAAGUGGUGGUCUGUUCUGGCGCACGUCUGUGAUGUCAUAUAUCCUUGCAACAUUAAUGGCUAGAAUGUAUGUCAUUACUAACAUGGACCUUAUGUGCACUCAUCUUUUUAUGUUUUCAAGCAGCAUAACCAGUAUAUGUAUGAUACUUUACCUUUUAAAGAAUCAUUAAGCAGUAUGUAUGUACAGUUACUGUCAAACCUCUUUUUCUAUGGUGGGCUUCAUGUGUGACAAACCUGUAGUGUUAUCUUUAUUAUCCUCUCCCAUGUAUCUUCCAAAUUGAUUGUGUGAGUGUGUUUGUGUACAUUAAUGGUAUUUCUGUACCGGUUGCAGAGCUUCAUUGGCAGGCCCCAAUGAAAAUCCACACUGUAUGUAUGUACAUGUCCAUGUGUAUGUGUGUGAAGACACUUAACUAUGGAAAUGUUGGUGUCGUCCUGGAACUUUUUUUUCAUACAUAAGUUGUAAAUGUUUUACUUGAAACGUCACAAAUCAGAACCACAGCUGUAUUUUGUUGGUUUAAAGUUGAGAUGGGGGAAAGUGCAGUGUCUAUCUAGUACUGAAUGUGAGAGAGUGUGUGUGCGUAUAUAUAUUGUACUGUACGUAAGCAUUAAGGUUGAAGAAUUGUGUAUAGGCUUUUUGUUUGAUACCUGUAGUAAUUGUUAUUUAUGCCACAGUCCUACAUUUCAGAGUGAAGAGGCACCUACUUCUUGAACUUAUGAAGGUUGUACUUGAGUACAAAUUUAUAAGAUCAGGUGCAGUCAGAACUAUGACGAAGUAUCUUACGAGAUUUAAGAUUUAAUAAUCUUAGAUCUUCAUCCUCAGCCUCAAAUUCAUCAGAAAUAUGUCCAGCAGCUAAGUCAUAGUUCUCACAUCUUCUCAUAUUAUGUUUGUUUGCUUGCUUGAAAGUUCUCCUGCUCGCCAACUUUGGCACUGAAUGGGUGCAAGAAUAUAAACUGUUGCACUAGUUUAUCUUUAUCUUUCUUUAAGUGAGGGCUUUGAUGGCACCCAUGCUUUAUCUAUUUUAAAAUUCAAAAAGCUCAAAGAUGAAAACACAGGGCCAUAAUUACAAAGCUGUUUGAUUGUAUGCAUCAACAAUCUGCAGGCAGUUGAGUAUCACAUAAUGAUACAUAAUCAUUGUACCUGCUAUUUUACUAAGUAAGAUGAAGUUGGAAAAGGUUGAUCAUGGACAUGGACAUAAUAACAUAAACACCCAGAAUAUGUAAUGCCAUUCAAUGCAAUAUCGAUGCAGUAAAUACUACUUUUGUGAAGCCUUUGUUCUUUUUUUAUGGCUUUCCGAGAAGUUGUUAUUGGGUGUUAUGUUCCCGUUUGUUCUCCUGAUGGACAGGUGUUUACCUUAUUGUCCCUAUGUAUAUUUAGUGAAUAGGUCUGUGUUUGUUUCUGAAGAUCAGUUAAAAACACUGUCAAAUCCACAGGUUUUUUUUAACUCCAAGUCCUCCCACUAUUUCAUACGACCCACGUAAGCGCUUCAUAAGAUAACGCCCCUGGCGGUAGCAGGAAAACGGACCCACAGGAGCGUUUCCCGUCCUCAUGUAAACGUUAACGGUCGCAGUUUUAAACAUGUCAUUAAGGUAAAAUGGUUGCAGUUUGGUUAGGUUCAGACAACAAAAACAACUUAGUUAAGUUUAGAUAAAGAUUGUGUUUGGGGUUGAAAUCAGUACAUUGGUUACGUUACUUCACGCAUGUGACAUAGAACGUGACGUAGUUCUGGGUUAAAGUCCUGUGUUUGUUUGAUCCGUUCACCACUCUAACCAACCUGCCCUCUUAUGCAGAGUUUGCAGCUUUUAUAUUUCAUCAACAUCUUACUGCUUUGCUCCCAUCUUAUUUACUACAGCCACUAUAAACGUAAAUGUGAGUCAAGGGUAAUUGCUAUUUAACAAACAACUAAUGGUGUUGUAGGGUUUAGUCUACUCUACAGUCUCUUUAACACAAAUUGUGUUUUUAGAAAGCUGUCGUAUAACAGUUUAAAACCCAGGACUUUCAUUCAAAGAGCAAAUAUGACUAAUCAUUAAGAUUAUUGAUCAUUUGUCAUCAUUUUUUAGGCUCCUGAAGUGUCCUAAAUUCUCACUUCAAAGAGAAAUUAACUAAAUGGUCUGUGGCUUCAUGUUAUUUUUCGUAUGCAGUGUUCUGAACUACAUUAUAGGGUGUUCCUCAACAUACCAUGCUGUCAGAACCUUAACCUAUACUAUGAAUGAAUGUACAAUGGGCCGAUGUAUUGUUUUUCACAGCCUAUCUGCAUGACAUUGGGUAAAGAUGAAUAUUCUUCUUCUUGCUACAUUGUUUGUUUUUUUACUUUAGUCUUGUAAGCAGCCAGACAGAUGUUUAUGAAAUAAUGCCUUAGGUUUGCUCCACAUAGGAACAGUUUAAUCAUCCUAACAAUAACCUAUAUUUUCUUUAAUUUAUAAAUGUAUAUUGUAUUUCAUUUUGGCUCCCUGGUCAUCGAGUAAAGAUUUGUACCCUGACUGACUGACUGGUCAUCUGAGUGUUCUGUGAAGAAGUACAAAUAAAUGUGUUAAACAUUUA